GCCCUAGGAGGAGUAAUCACCAUUCAGUCCACCGUGAGCCAAGUAUGAAUCAGUAGCCACACCAGGCCUCACCUGGGCCACAUCUGGAGACCAGGGGUGAGGGUACAACAAUGCAAAAUAACUGGUCCUAGCCUGGUUACUCAUCUCUUUUAAGGCAACAAAGAAACUAGACUGUGGUCUGAGAACACAAUAUCUGAGACAAAGAUCAACAGAAACCUUCAUCCUCACCCCUUCUGCCCCUGCUUCUACCUGCUCUACUUCUGCCUAUGCUCUAAGAUCCAUGCCGCAUGUCAUCACUCGAACAUCCAGGAUGCCCCAGUCUGGACGUCCUUCAGGUCUGCCUGCAGACAACAGCAUCUCUUCAAGUAUCACACGAGUGAUAGUGAAGACACCAGGCAAUCAGAAAGACUUUAUGGUAGCUGAUGACAUCUCAGUGAGGCAGUUCAAGGAGAAGCUAUCAGCUCACUUCAAAUGCCAAAUGGACCAACUAGUGCUGGUCUUCAUGGGCCGCCUUCUAAAAGACCACGACACGUUGAGUCAGAGGGGCAUCAUGGAUGGCCACACCAUCUACCUGGUCAUCAAGUCCAAUCGUGGCUCCAGAUCCUUAGCCCAUUCAUCUCAGAACCUGACAACCAAUGAGUCCUACCACCAGGACAGAAAUACCAAAGGAAACUGCAGUGGAGUGCGCCAACCUGCUGGUGUGAGUCAAGUUCCUGCAGAAUCAGCUCCCUUUGUAGAGUCUGAUGUACCCAAGGUGCAUACUCAGGACCUGGAAGUAGGCACUCUAGAGCACAUAGCACAGAUGCUGGAGAAUCCUACCAUCCAGCGACUUCUAUCCAACAUGGAAUUCAUGCGACAGUUCAUCUCAGAACAUCCAGACAUGCAGCAACUGAUGCAGCAGAACCCAGAGGUCUCACACCUCCUCGACAAUUCUGACAUCCUAUGGCAGACUCUGGAGCUGGCCAGGAACCUUGCCAUGAUCCAAGAGAUAAUGCACAUCCAGCAAUCAGCACAGAACCUUGAGCAUCCACUAAACUCCCAGUCAUAUCUGGGCUUAGAGACAACCCCAGGUGGGAACAAUGUCCUGGGUCAGAGGUAUGCUGAUUUAAACCAAAUGCUCAGCAGCAUACAAGAUCCCCUUGGGGACAACCCUUUCACAGCUCUUUUGGCAGGACAAAUGACAGAAGAAGUCCAGUCCUCACCUCCACCUCCACCACUAUCCCAGGAAUGGCAGGACCAGCUUCCACAGCUCCCUACAACUCGAGUCAUCUAUUCUAGCUCUUGUGGUUUGUCCUCAAUCACCUCAGCCAAUGCCAUACCUAACAGUCUCAACCAUACUUCCAGGGCUGAUACUGCCAAUAUCUCCACUAAGGGCCAGAGUCAUAUCUGUGCCAUUCACCAGUCAGCUGGGAUACCAGCUUUACCUAGCAUGCAGCUCACCCAGAACACCCAGGAAGAAGACAAUGAUGGCACCAUCUCUCUAGCAAGCUCUGACCAGAGAUUGGAAGAUGAUCUCCAGCUUUCAGACGAACAGACCAGCUCCCAGGUCACAGGAGGCAUGAUGCAGUUGCUAAUGAACAACCCUUACCUGGCAGCUCAGAUGAUGUUGUUCAUGAGUAUGCCCCAGCUGGGUGAACAGUGGAGGCAGCAAUUGCCCACAUUCCUGCAGCAGACACAGCUUUCUGACCUGCUUGUAGCUCUAGGCAACCCUAAAACAUCACAAGCAAUCUUGCAAAUUGAGCAGGGUCUCCAGCUUUUGGCCACAGAGGCUCCUGUUCUUUUGCCCUGGGUUGCACCAUACCUUUGGGGCUUGGGUUGGCUUCCUACCCCAAGUAGUAGCUACCCUGAUACAGUGUCCUGGGCCUGGAAUAUGCCAGAAAUGACUGAACCCAAAGGGACUGAGUGCUGCCAUAAUUCUGGAGCAGUUCUGCAGAGUCUACAAUCCCUCGCUGGAGACACUUCUAACCCUCUACAAGCUCCUGAGAUUCGUUUCAGCAAGCAGAUGGAAUCUCUCCAGGCUAUGGGAUUUGGGAACCAUGAUGCCAAUCUACAGGCACUCAUUGCUACUGAGGGAGACACCAAUGCUGCUAUCCGUAAGCUUAAGAGAUCCCAGGGUUUCUGACCACCACGUCUACCUGUUUUCUUGCUACCUGCCUGCUGACCCAUUUGAACACCUCAUCUCCAUUCCCUGCCUCCCCUGAUGCUUUCAGACAAAGGUCCUGGAGUGGAAGAAACAAACCAAUGUUUUCUCUACUGCAUAAUGGACCAUUGGCCAAGGCUGGAAGAUCUGUCAAUAAAAUGGCUACACUCACUUGUC